CGGCUGUCCGUGACGUCAUGCUUGUAAUCGGCCGGGGACCCGUAUGUACUCGCCGCUCUGGAAGAAGUGAGGAAUCAUGUUGGAGAGGAGGAAGUUCAGCGGAGGAUCUGCGUCCAUGAGCGGCUCACAGACUUGAACAGCCCGGGGACGGACGGUGGAGCUCUACGAGAGGUCGGAGAGACUUUCCUGCGGGGCGAGGAUUUCACGGGCUAGUCCGUGUCGAAUGGACGGAUAGAGGGCGGGCAGACAGCCGGGAAGACAAGAAGAAGCAGCCGAGAAGGGCAGGCGGCCGGGCCGGCGAGAGGGAGACAGAGAGAGCGGCGAGGAGGAUUCGCGUGUGCAGGGGGGGUCGAACCGAAACGGUGCCGCUCCUAGCCGGGGGAUGUUAUCCGUACUGUCGUAUGGCAGACUGGUAGCCAGGGCUGUCCUGGGCGGGCUGUCUCAGACGGACGGCCGGGACUACAGCCUGAUCACCGCCAGCUAUGGCUUCGGGAAAGACUUUCGCAAGGGGAUCCUGAAGAAAGGGAUGUGCUACGGGGACGACGCCUGCUUCAUAGCGCGGCACAGGAGCGCGGAUGUGCUGGGUGUAGCAGAUGGCGUAGGUGGCUGGCGUGACUAUGGCGUUGACCCCUCUCAGUUCUCCGCCACCUUAAUGAGAACCUGUGAGCGACUGGUGAAGGAGGGACGCUUCAUUCCCAGUUACCCAGUAGGCAUUCUGACCUCUGGCUACUACGAGCUUCUACAGAACAAAGUUCCCCUGCUGGGGAGCAGCACAGCCUGUAUCGUGGUUCUGGAUAGACAGAGUCACCGGCUACACACAUGUAACCUCGGGGACUCUGGUUUCCUGGUGGUCCGGGAGGGAGAGGUGGUCCAUCGCUCGGACGAGCAGCAGCAUUAUUUUAACACGCCCUUCCAGCUGUCAAUCGCUCCCCCUGGAGCAGAAGGGGUGGUGCUCAGUGACAGUCCUGAAGCAGCUGACAGCUCCUCCUUUGAUGUGCAGCUCGGUGACAUCAUCCUAACAGCAAGUGACGGCCUCUUUGACAACAUGCCAGACUACAUGAUUCUUCAGGAGCUCAAAAAACUGAAGACCACCAACUAUGACAGCAUCCUGCAGACUGCACAGAGCAUUGCAAAGCAAGCUCACGACCUCGCCUAUGACCCCAACUAUAUGUCUCCUUUUGCACAGUUUGCCUGUGACAAUGGUCUGAAUGUGAGAGGAGGGAAGCCAGAUGAUAUCACGGUGCUGCUGUCCAUUGUGGCUGAAUAUACAGACUAAAAGAGUGUAUGUAUCUGUGUGUGUGUGUGUGUGUGCUUCUUGGGGCGGCUGAUCCUUCCUUACCAUCUGCCUGAGUCUUCCACCUGCAGCCCUCCCGAAAUGCACUGUGUCCACUGGGCUGAUUAGGAGAGGCCCGCUAACACAACACACUCCCCGCUGCAGGACGUCCACCUGAGUGACAUUUUGAUUUCUUCUUCUGUUUCGUUUGGGUGCUUGGACGGUUUAAGAAGAAGCAGGCAGCUAGCACAUAUUCAUGUUGAUCAUGAUGCAGGAGGCGCCGAGUAUAAUGGGUUGAGGAAUGCAUCGUCAGUCUCCCAUGUCCCUUAGUGACAGUCACUAGGGGUUUUUAAAUCUUGUGGCAAUUGAAAAAGUUAUAUUUUAAGAGGAGUAAGCCAUGGUUUUGGGUUGUCAACAGUUGUGACACGUCUGUCUGUGUUGUUCUCCUUAAAUCUGUUCCAUGUCGUAAACAUGUUUGAACAAACCAUACAGACAGACUGAGUGGGCUGGGAGUGGAGGAGUCUUUACAGGGAAUGAAAAGUAAUAAGUGGAUUUAGGAAUGUUCCUUAAUUUGCUCAGAUCAAAGUAGAGAGAAACUAACCCUUGUUAAAGCUCACAUGCGAAGGUUAAUCAGGUUUGGUUACUUGGUCGGGGGAUCUAUCGGUGCGCACAUCCUGAUAUGUUGUAAAUAUUUCUGUGUUUUUAGGGCUAUGCCCUUUUCUGUCAUCUUUGCUUGGUUUUAUUUAAAGCAAGGAGUUAUUUUGUUACUGUUGUGGAAGAGAUACACAUGCAUUCAGAAAUAUAUUAUUUUCCUGUAUAGAUGUUGAUAUUGAAGUGAGCUUUACCAAUCCCACACUUCCACUUGCUGAAAUGAACAAGAAUAUAUUAGCAGAGACUGAUCGCUUCCGUUGUGUGGUAGAAAGGAAUAAAUGUGCAUACGUGUGUGUGUGUGUGUGUGUGUGUGUGUGGUAAAGAUGUGAGGAAUUGUUGUUGGAAUAUGUGGCAUGUUCGAUGUUAAUAUUUGUUCUCUCACAAAGCUAAAGCUAGCAUCUGGAAAAGCUUGCAAUUGCAAUGAUAGGUCAGGCAUGAAUUUUAAAGGAAAAUACUAUUUUUUUAUGUUGCUGUUUUAAAAGUGUCUGCUGACGAAGUUUGUGUGAUGGAUGAAAAAAGGAUCCAGAUAUCUUAAAGUGAGUGUGAAUUGUUACUAUUUCUCUGUUCCUUUUUCUACAAUUGUUUGCUGCUUCGUGUGUGUGUGUGUGUGUGUGUGUGUGUG